AACCUUCGCUGAAAUAUAAGUGAACUGCUAAAUUAUCAAGAACAUGAAUAAGGCAUGAUCAUAUUUAAACAUUUCUAUCGAAGCCCGUAAAUAUAUCUGCCCAAGUUUUCUAACCACGCUAUACAUUAUGACGUUUUCUACAAACCAAAAACUUGAUUUGGAUACUUCAAAAAUACACUUCCUAGCAAUGUUUAUCAUUUGGAUGACGAUGUUGAUUUCUUCUGUGGCGUCUACCGGACAAAAUUGCUCAUCAAGCAAGACAUGUACAUGUACUCCAUAUGCAGGAAAGUGGUUUGCUAAUUGUGAAAAUCUCGGUUUAAUAAUAGCUCCGGAUUUUAAUAUUGAUAUUAUUGGAAUAAAUUUGGCAAAAAACAAAUUCACACAAGUUCCUCAAAAUCUCCCAAGAACUCUUUCAUAUUUGGAUUUAUCCUACAAUAACUUGAACAGACUUGAUGCGAUCUCCUUAAGGAGAUAUACGUUUCUGAGGAAUUUUAGUAUUUCGCACAACAAUCUCAGAGAAAUUCCAGUGGGAACCUUUCUUGAAAACUUAAGAAUGGAAUACCUUGAUAUCUCAAAUAAUAUAAUACUCACUCUGGAAGUGAUCUAUAACCUUACAAGGGAUCUGCAAAAUUCAAACAUUAAAUAUCUAAAUGCUGAAAAACUGCAUUGUACUUAUGGGGUAAGUCAUAUCAUAAAAGUUUAUCACGUGGUGAAUCUAAAACACACAUCGCUUGAGGAAUUCAAUUUAGCUUCAAAUAGGAUUCAGACUUUGGAAACAGGAGUUCUAACUUCUUUACCAAAAUCACUCCGUGUUCUAAAUUUGGCGGAUAAUAUGUUAAGUUUUGGAUUUUACCUCAUGGAAUUUGCGGUUAUGCGCAAUUUAGAGGUGCUCAAUAUCAGUUUACAAAAUUUUUCUCAUCAAAUUAGAAUGAGUGUUGACUUUUUCAAAAACUGUAAUGACACAAGAAGUCCUCCUCGGGUGCACGUGGCUGGAGUCAAUCAAAAUGCAAUUGAAAAUUAUCAGUCAUACAAAGACACGUCAUACACGUAUGAAAUGAUAUCAGUCUCUCAAGAAUUCUAUUCGAAUUUCAGAUGGUCUCAAGGAACAUUCGACAACUUUACCCUCUUUAUUCCUCCAAAUCUCACAAGCUUAUUUUGGCAUGACUGUUUAUACAAAUUGUACAUUCCAAAACUUCCAGUUGAUGCAAAUAACAAAAUGUCGAAAAUAUUGAUGCAAAGAAAUAUCAUUUACAAUCUUAUCGGCCCAGUGACGGGAAUGAAGCAUGUUCAAUACUUCGACCUGUCUGGUAAUUUCUGUGGAUAUAUUUCAAAAGAGUUUUUAAGAUAUUUUACCGGUUUAAAAUAUUUAAAUCUUUCAAAUAAUGCACUGGGACCUUCAUUUGAAAACGACGAAUUUGGCGAGAUUCUAGCGCACCAACGUAAGUUACUAUCCCUAGAUUUGUCUUUAAAUAGAAUUGGUCGACUUCCCAGAAAGGUUUUGAAACACAACCACAGAAUUAAGAACCUGAAUAUAAGCUAUAAUUCACUGGGUAGUUUUAAUGUAUGGAUUGAACAUAUGAGACGUUUGUCUGUUCUAGACUUAUCACACAACCAGUUGUCAGGUCUUGGACCAUCGACAAGAAAAGCGUUGAAUUUGAUUUCAAUAUCUAAGGAAAUCCAAGUCAAUAUACUAGGUAACCAAUUGAAAUGCACUUGCGAAAAUCUUGAAUUUCUCAACUGGAUUCACAAAUCAACAAACUUGAAAUUUGUAGAGUUUGAGAAUUACACAUGUGCAUUCGGUAAUUCGUCAAGUUUUUCAUUAAAGUCUCUCGAUAUUAUAUUGUCCAGUUUAGAGAAGAGGUGUUCUUCUUACACAUUAAUCAUAGUAAGUAUGACUUCUCUGAUCAUUGUUGCAAUGACCUUAACCGUAAGUCGCAUUGUGUAUAGGUACAGAUGGAAACUUCGGUACAUGUACUACGUUGCAAAACAGAAUUAUCGGGGCAAUACAAUAGUGAGUAACGAUGCAAGUAAUAAACACAGCAUGUACCGAUUUGACGCUUUUGUCUCGUAUGCAGAAAGCGACAGAACUGAAGUCAUAAACCUCGUCAAAAGUCUUGAAGAAGCGUUUGAUCUAAAACUAUGCAUACAUCACCGAGAUUUCAUUCCUGGAACGGACAUAGCUGAUAACAUUACCAAUGCUAUUCAUUCUAGCAGACGAACGGUUUGCAUAAUGACGUCACAUUUUCUAAAUUCAUACUGGUGCAUGUUUGAAUUAAAAAUGGCGCAAAUGGAAGCGAUUUAUUCACGUAACGGCAAAAAUAUCUUGAUACUGGUAGUCCUAGAAAAGAGUUCAAUGCAGAAGUUUCCCCUUCAUCUGAUGGACCUUAUUGAGAGUCAGUCAUUUCUGGAGUAUCCACAGGGAGAGGAGGAAGUUAUCGCUUUCCAAUCCAAACUCGGGAAAUCUUUAAAGGCGUACGAGUGAAAACGAUUGUUAUAAAAAAUAACAAUAUCUGAAUGAAUGUUUUGAUUUUUAAUCUAUGAAUAGACAUAGAAGCAUUUUUUAUUUGUGACCCAGGAGCAAACUCAACAUUUUAAUGUUUAAAACAUAUCGUCAUGAGGUUCUCAAAAAUAAUGUUUUACACUAUCGAUCACAUAUGUAUAUGUACCAGUGUAUCCAGUACUCAGAAAAUUUACACUUCUUUAUCAUUUGAAAUUCAUUUUGCACACAACUGUUUCAAUAGCAUAGUUUUGUUUACCAAUAUUAUUUAUUUUACUUUGUGACUGUGCUUUCACAAGAUCAGCAAUUUUGGAACUCUUACUAUGAUCUGACUAACGUUUUUGAAAGUUUUUGAUCAUCUUUAUUACAGACAAUCCAUUACUCAGUAUCUCACAGAUUGACUCGUCUAAAUCUGAUAUUAAAUAAAUAUGGCCAUUUGCAAUGUGCACACACAUGCAAGGCUCGUUUUUUGAACACA